AUGGCACUGGCUUUGGCACCUCCUGCCCAUGCAGCAGCUCCAACCUGGGUGCAGUACGAUCUGAACACAGGAGAAACUUUGUAUGACAUCGACUUCGACGAGAAAGACCCCAAUCAUGGCUUCAUCGUUGGCGCUAGGGCGUUGUUCUACGAGACCAAAGAUGGUGGAAAUCGAUGGGUGUCGCGGUCUUUUGCCAACCUGGGUAAAGGCGAAGACAUCAGUUACCGAUUUCAGACAGUCUCAGUCAACGGUGAUGAAGUUUGGAUUGUCGGCAAGCCCCCGUUGCUUCUCCACUCCAAGGAUGGUUGCUCGGCAUGCUUGGCAGCAUUUGUGGAAAGAGCUGGAAAAAAGUUCCAGUGUCUCGAAAGCUACCUGGAGAGCCAAAGGCCGAUGGCUGAUGGGUUGCAUCAGUUGUGUCAUUGGAAUUUUGUGCGCCGCCAUGGAAGAUCCUUUGUGAUCCCAAGCAGACGUACAAAAUGCAUCAAAAUGCUCAUCAUCUGUCAUCAUUUUCAGUGCGUAGUGGCGCAGUGGGUGCAUGUUUUCUGA